UACAACAGUUCCUGAUCCAUUUUUAUCAAUUGGAAGGGCACGGGGGACACGUCACACGCAGGACACGUGACACGGGGGCACGUGACACAGGGAGGACACGUGACACAGGGAGGGAGGAACACGUGACACGGGAAAGAUACGUGACGCGGGUGGGACACGUGACGCGGCGGGACACGUGACGCAGGAGGAAGCGCGUGCCCAGGGCGGACGCACGUGACCCGCGGUUGCCGCCACGUGACCGGCGGUGACCCCACGUGUCCCUGGCUGGGCCCGGCCAUGGCGGGCGCGGUGGCGGCCGCGGGCUCCGUGGAGCAGUUCCAGAAGCUGCUGCAGCGCCCGGACAGCUGGAAGCUGAGGCUGUGCCUGAAGUGUCUGAAAAAUAUGGAAUUAGUUCUGUUCCAACGUUCUUGUUCUUUAAGGACCUGAGGCUGUAGGGUGUCCUGAGUUUCAGGCCUGGAGGGAUUGUUUAGUCUGACCAAAAUGUGAAGACACUUAACUUCACUUUGUAUGGAGUUCAGAGUUAGGCACUAAUGCAGCACAGGAUCUGAAAAACAGAAAAGCUGAAAUCCCUGAGGCAUCAUUAGUGCCAGAAAGGCACGAGCCUGGCAGUGCAGCUCCUCCCUGAAAGCCAGGCCUGGCUGGUUGGCUUUGCUGUGCCUGAGGCUAGGCUGGACUGAAGGCUGUGAGUGCUGUGCUUGAGCCAGGCCUAGACUGAAGGCUGUGAGUGCUGUGCUUGAGCCAGGCCUAGACUGAAGGCUGUGAGUGCUGUGCUUGAGCCCAGGCUGGACUGAAGGCUGUGAGUGCUGUGCUUGAGCCUGGGCUGGGCUGAAGGCUGAGAGUGCUGUGCUUGAGCCCAGCCUAGACUGAAGGCUGUGAGUGCUGUGCUUUACCCCAGGCUGGACUGAAGGCUGUGAGUGCUGUGCUUGAGCCCAGCCUAGACUGAAUGCUGUGAGUGCUGUGCUUUAGCCCAGGCUGGACUGAAGGCUGUGAGUGCUGUGCUUGAACCUGGGCUGGACUGAAGGCUGUGAGUGCUGUGCUUGAGCUUGGGCUGGGCUGAAGGCUGUGAGUGCUGUGCUUGAACCUGGGCUGGACUGAAGGCUGUGAGUGCUGUGCUUGAGCCCAGCCUAGACUGAAGGCUGUGAGUGCUGUGCUUGAACCUGGGCUGGACUGAAGGCUGUGAGUGCUGUGCUUGAGCCUGGGCUGGACUGAAGGGUAUGGUUUAGCCCACCUGGACUGAAGGCUGGGCUUUAUCCCCUGUGUCCUGCAGUCUGUGUGUGCUGUGUCUAUGCCUGUUCUGGGGCAGUGUGUGCUGUGUCUGUGCCUGUUCUGGGGCAGUGUGUGCUGUGUCUGUGCCUGUUCUGGGGCAGUGUGUGCUGUGUCUGUGCCUGUUCUGAGGGCAGUGUGUGCUGUGUCUAUGCCUGUUCUGAGGCACUCUAUGCUGUAUCUAUGCCUGUUCUGAGGCACUCUAUGCUGUAUCUAUGCCUGUUCUGAUGCACUCUAUGCUGUGUUUAUGCCUGUUCUGAGGGCAGUGUGUGCUGUGUUUAUCCCCCUGUUCUGAGGCACUCUGUGCUGUGUCUGUGCCUGUUCUGCACUCUGUGCUGUGUCUGUGCCUGUUCUGCAGUCUGUGUGUGCUGUAUCUAUGCCUGUUCUGCACUCUGUGUGUUAUUUCCUGCAGAAUUCCCAGAAUGUGGACCGCCUGGACGGCGCUCACGCCCCGGAGCUGACGCAGAAGGUUCAGCGGCACGCGGCGGGCACGGCGGGCACGGCCGGCCCCGGGGGCGCUGCCCCUGCCCAGGAGCAGCUGCACGCCCGCCUCAGGGGGCUCAUCAACGCUGCCCCCUGCAUGCUCUUCAUGAAGGGCUCUCCCAAGGAGCCCCGCUGCGGCUUCAGCAGGCAGAUGGUGGAGAUCCUGCAGAAGCACGGCGUGGCCUUCAGCAGCUUUGACAUCUUCUCUGACGAGGAGGUGCGCCAGGGGCUCAAAGCCUUCUCCAACUGGCCAACCUACCCCCAGCUCUACGUCAAGGGCGAGCUCAUCGGGGGCCUGGACAUCGUCAAGGAGCUCGAGGCGUCAGGAGAGCUGGACACAAUCUGCCCAAAGGGCCAGAAGCUGGAGGACAGGCUUAAAUCCUUGAUAAACAAAGCUCCUGUGAUGCUCUUCAUGAAGGGAAACAAACAGAUGGCAAAAUGUGGCUUCAGCAAGCAAAUCAUAGAAAUCAUGAAUAACACUGGCGUGGAUUACGAGACCUUUGACAUCCUGGAGGAUGAGGAGGUGCGCCAGGGGCUGAAAUCUUUCUCCAACUGGCCCACGUACCCCCAGCUCUACGUCAAGGGGGAGCUGGUGGGGGGCCUGGACAUUGUCAAGGAAACAUUCCUGGGGAAAAGGAAAUUUUCUUGGAGUUGUUGGAGCAGCCCCAGAGUUCCCAAAUCCUCCUGAGCCCAUUCCUGCCUGGAUGGUUCAGAGCCAGUUCCUCAGACUGGGACUCCUGGGAAUGCUCAAUCAAUAAAUCCCAUUUAAUUCUAAAAAUCCUGGGACUACUGAAAUUAGAGAGAUUUGCUUGAUUUACUUAAGAAGUGUGAGGGAUUGCCUCAAUUACAUAGAUUAAUAUUAUUUAUAAAGAUUAAUUUUACUACAAUUACAUAGAUUAAUUUAAUUUAUAUAGAUUAAUGUUACUUAAAGGAUAUAGAUUAAUUUUAUUUAUAUAGAUAAAUGUUACCUAAUGUACAUGGAUUAAUUU